AUGAGUAAAAUUAGGGGCCUCCCUCCUGCGGUCAGGGACCCAGGCCCUGGAAUGGAACUUGGGGUGGAAGAUGGCCUUCUUUGUCAACUAAUUCAUUCUCCAGAAUUCAGCUUGUUCAAGGACUCAGUGGUGUUUGAGAGCACCUUUAUCCAGGUCACUAAGCAGGGACACUGGAUGGACGCCUACGAAAAGUCUGCCACUGUGAUCCUUGGAGUAACCUCUUCCGUGCCCUCCUUGCCACUCCCCAAUGUCCUCCUGAUGGCCAAUGUCACCUGGCCUCACGGUCCGCUUUCCACCUGUAGCACGCCUGGCGCCCCUGUCAUCACUCUCAGCAGGAUCCUGCCCCUGAAGUACGUGGAGCUCCAAAUCUAUAACUGGAGCCAGCGCAUCCUCCGGGUUAGGACGGUGACUGAGAAGGUCUACUAUCUGAGGCUCCACGAGAAGCACCCGGAGGCCGUGUUCCAGUUCUGGAUCCGCCUGGUGAAAAUCCUGCAGCAAGGCCUGUCCAUCACCACCAAAGACCCAAGGAUCCAGUUCACUCACUGCCUGGUACCCAAGAUCCCCAACUCCUCCACUGAAACAACACCUGCAAGCAGCCCCCCGUCAUCCUCCCAGACCAGCGAGACCACAAUGCUGCUGGCAGCUGAGUGUACCAGCAGCGGCCUCUUAGGACUCUCAAAAAGACACCAGCCUGUAGGAGACAGACCCUUGAAUACAGAAAGAGACAACUGCAGCGGCUACAGGGCACCCCCGCUGACGGGCUCUUCAAUUAAUAUGCCCAUGAGAGCCAGUCUGAGACACAGCCUCUGGGAACAAGAGGACUCAAAUGAGAACUACCUGCAGGCUCCUGUAGCCAGCUCCCUAGGAGAGAACUUUCUGGGACCCUAA